UCAUAAGGAGAUACUAUGAGGGGACACUGUCCAGCCAUGGGAGUUGUACUAACUGCCCUUGUACUGUUGAUUGAUGCUAGGCCACUCCCUGACCUCAUCCAGGAUGAGGAGAGACCUCCUGACCAGUAUCACACUAACUCGUGGUAUCGUUACAUGAAGUUUCUUGCUAAACAGAGCACUCAUAAUUUUACUGAAAGUGGCUGUUAUGUGUGUGGAAACAUGCCAAAAUCUGUUGCGAACCCCGAUGUACAAAUUCAGCCUGUAGACCCACAGCGAGAGCAAUUAUAUCCAGACACUUUACGUUCACUGGUGUCACCUGAUGCUUUCUAUGCCUCUUUCCGAGGUCAAACGAAAGGACUAGUUCCACGUCCUCCUCCAUACCAGGGUCAUAAUUAUACACGGUUUUUGAGUGCCAACUUCUCCACAGACACCUUAUUUGAUCAUGUUCCUUUUCCUCCUCAGUUCAAGGGACACUGUUUCCAGAGCAGCAGCUUUUCUCUUUUAAAGAAUAAGGAUUUAGCCAUCUCAGUAGGGGAAGUUCCCCUGAAACACUGCCAGACUGUGAAGAUGCCUUGCACUCGUAGUGCCACCCAUUUCAACAUUUCUGAGGCACCAAAGGGAGUUCAGUGUGUCUCUUAUUAUGAUGGUCCUGAUUUCAUGGGGACUCUCCCACAGUCUGAAAUCAAUUAUGUUUGUGGGCACACAAUCUAUGUGCAUCUUCCACCCAAUUGGGUAGGACGCUGUGCCCCUGUUUAUGUUUCAGAUGGCUCCUACGUGAUAACACCACAGCAGAUGACUUCCAAGGGACGGAUACGGAAGCGAGAGAUUGAUCUGAAGGAAAGUGAUCGGAUCUGGGGAUCAGUUGUCCCCAUGGACAAGAAGCUCUGGACUACAGGCCAGAAAGUGGCACUAUCCCUAUUUCCAUGGUUGGGGGACCGCCUGGUGUUAGAUCUGCUCACUGCAAGCCAAGGUGGAGUGUGUGCAAUAGUGGGCCCCAAGUGCUGCACAUACAUUCCAGGAGACGACCAAGACGCAAAGGUCACCCAACAGGCACUCCGUGACCUACAGCACAUAUCCAAUGUGCAGGCGGCUGAUGUAGUGAAAGACAAAUCCUGGUUUGAUUGGUUUAGGUCUGGCACAUGGACUGACAUUAUGAUGAAGAUUUUUGGAACGAUUCUACUGAUUCUUUUGGUUCUGAUGCUGAUUGUGUUGUGCGUAAUUCCCUGUUUGAGGGCCAUGAUCAUCAGGCUGGUGAAUCACGGCCUUCUCAGGGUGUGCGCAGUCAUGCACUCUCAACAAAUACACUAUACACCUUUAAAGCUUGAUAACUGUGAAGAGAACCUCCACGAUGUCGACGGAAAUGGACGCUAAGCUGUAAAUAUUGUGCUUCUGUGCUUUAGACCCUGCCUACGACGUUGCAACAUUUAUUUCAUGUUUUAUGAUGACUGCACUGAAAAUCAAAAGAAGUUGUGCUGUUCUGAUGUAUGCAUGAUUGUCUAAUAUAUGUUUCAAUGUUAAACAGGAGGGAAAUGUUGGAGAAAUACUGCAUUUAAUCAUUGAAACAUUGUUGGAAUUUAUUUUGCUGAUCUGCUCAAGCCUUGUUAGCUGUGCUAUAGCCUUGAAGUUUCCUCCCUUCUGCUCUGCAAGAAAUAGGGAGUACCAGUGUGUAGCAUCCUUAUCUGAUGUGCCCAAUGCUUGCUUUGUGCAGGAAAUAUUUCCCACGUACUGUGUGACCUCCCAGAAUGCAAUACAUAUUAUGAGCUGAAUCCCUGUCUUCUCUUCAGUGAGAGGAAGUUGCCUUUGCUGUAAACUGCUCACUCCUUGCAAGUAAAAUCCUGAAGAAGGUCUCAACUGAUUGUGUCUGCUUUAUUUAAGAUUUACGAAGGGAACUAACAAUUUCCCUAA